AUGUGUGGAAUCUUGCUACGAGUCUCUAAAGAGCCUAUAAAGAAACCAUUAUGUAUACCACAGCCAAUACAAACUCUGCAAGGUAGUUCAGACCUUUCUAGCGAGAUAUGGGAUACAACAGAUCCCGAUGUCAUCAAAACGUUUUUGCAACAAGGUGAAAAGUUACGUCCCUUGUCACCACAACAAGUCCGCAAACUCAACAGUCUCGACGAGCUCCGAGAUCUAACCAAACAAUUAGCAAAAGUUAAAAAUAAUGUUAAGCUUCUGCAGGAGGUAAAAGAGGAUCAAGUAAGAAAUAUACAAGACCAAAUAGAUGAUAUUUCAAGAGAGGACGAGGACAACUACGACGACAAAAACCACCACCACACAGACGUCAACAAGCAUGGGUCGAAAAACAAAGAAGAAAAGGAGGAUCGAGAAGACAAGGAGAUGGAAUCGCUUAUAUACAAAACCUCUAAUCGAGGACCAAACUAUUUAAACUACACUCAAUUCAAAAUUGAUGACAACUAUUAUUUUCAAUCUUUUUCAGCUAUAUUAUCUCUUCGACAACCCUUCACCAAACAGCCCAUUUUCAAAGACGAGUUUGUACUUCAAUUUAAUGGAGAAUUGUACAAUUCCGAGUGCUUAGAAACAAACGAUACACAAUAUAUUAUCGACUUGUUGCAUUCAAAGAUAAAAAGUAAUAAGGACAGAAAAUCUGCUAUACUAAACACGCUAAAGGAGUUGAGUGGCGAAUGGGCUAUUAUAUUGGUGGAUUUACGUGAAUGCAGAGUUUAUUUUGGUAGAGAUCCGAUUGGGAAGAGGUCGCUUUGUUAUAAGGUGAGUUACGACAGUAAUAGAAUCAAGGAGGGGCAACAACAACAACAACAACAACAACAACAACAACAACAGCAGGAAGAAGAAAACGAGAAAGAGGGUAUAGAGAUAAUUAUUAGUUCUAAUUCAGGGAUUGGAUUUCUAGAAUGCAAAAAUGAGAUUUAUGAAUACAGUUUGGCUCACAAUUCUAAAGGAUUGAUUAGUCAUAAGUUAAAAGAAGUAGCUAGACCAACUUUUGAAUUACCGGAUGAGCGAGUUGUCCUUGCAGAGUUGAAGAAACAGUUGAGGGCAGCAACCAAGAUUCGUCAAGAUUCUAUCCAUCCACUUACACAUUUACCAAACGAAAGUGCUCUUGCAGUGCUUUUUAGUGGCGGGUUAGACUGCACAAUUGUAGCAAGACUCAUAUGUGAACUUAUCAACAAUAGUAAUGGCCACACAUCGCUAGAUUUGCUCACUGUAGGAUUUGAAAAUCCUCGGACUUUACAAGCUGCAGACUCUGGUCCUGAUCGGAAAUUGGCAAUAAAGUCGUGGUUUCAUUUAUGCCACAUGUUCCCUAAACUCAAGAUCAACUUGGUUGAGAUCAAUGUCGAUUACCAGAGCUGGCUAUCACAUAAGAGUAGAGUUAAGGAGUUAAUGUAUCCGUGCAAUACAGAGAUGGAUUUGUCUAUUGCGAUUGCAUUUUAUUUUGCCUCAUCAAUCCUACCUGACCUCACAAGUGCUAAAUGCCUUGCUAAUGACAACGUCAGUUGGGAAGAAUUUGUCAAUAAUCAGGAGAAGUAUACCAUCAAGCAGGAAAAGUAUCUUUCUUCGGCCAAAGUGAUGUUCAGCGGUCUUGGAGCUGAUGAAUUAUUUGCAGGAUACUCGAGGCACGAAGGUAUUUUCAACAACAUCAAUGUUGACAAUAUCUCUGGUGAUGAAUCUAACUACAUAGAGCUAGCGGAGUCAUUAAAUUAUGAUAUUGAAAUUAUCCACCAAAGAAAUUUGGGACGAGAUGAUCGAGUAAUGAGCUGCUGGGGCAAAGAAUUGCGAUACCCGUACUUGGAUGAAGAUUUCAUCAGUUGGGUGAUUUCCACAAUACCUCCGAAUAUGAAAUUUAAAUAUUCGUUUGCAAAAGACAAAAAGGGCAAAAACAGGCUUGUGCCAAUUAGAAAAUAUAUCUUGAGAAAGUUGGCUGAAGAGUUGGGUAUGUCCUGGGUAUCACAGGAGUUGAAACGAGCUAUCCAAUUUGGUGCCAAAAGUGCAAAGUUGGAGAUUGGGCAGAGCAAAUCGAAGGGAACUGAUUCAUUAUAA